AUGAAAACCCAAGACAACCACAAAGAUGAAGCCCAUAUUCCGAUGAGAUUCCGCAUCUUGAUCUACGCAUUAGAAAGAGGAGCCACGCAGAUUGCAUUCAUGCAGGCUUACAACGAAAUACUUUCCACCGUCGAGGAAACAGAGUACGACUUAUCACCAGAGAUGCGCCAAUCAAUGGUAGAGCGCCAAGUCUGGACGAAGUUUUUCCCUGACGAGAAUUCUCCGCCAUCACUUGAAUUUCCAGUCGCAGAGGGAUAUUUCGAUCCGCCAGUCUCCCGAAGAGCAGUUGAACAAUACCGGAUCUGGCAAAUGAGUUAUCUCGAUAGUUGCCAUAACCAAAGGAGCGAUAGCAAGCCGCAGUACAAUAAGAUGCAGCAGAGUGGGAGUAUUCGUCCAAUCCCUGAUAUUAGGUGUGAAGAUUGCCAGCUUCGCCACUCCAUUAAUGAUCUGAUUGACGGCGAAGUCAGAGGAUGCCAGCUUGGUCGGAAUAUACAAUCACAACCAUAUGCAUCAUCUCAGAGCUCUACCCUUCAAGAUUUACAACAGCCUGUCGAUACCAACAUUGUUAGGGAUGCUAAACCCAGCUUUGCAGUAUCGAUCUCUCCAGUAAUGCAGCCUGAAGCGAGAGUAGACGCUGGUACGGAAAUUAUGAGAAAUAACUCGACUAGGCUUUUUGAACACAUGACCCCGACAUCUGAGGAGAAUGUACACUCAAACCUACCACAAAGCGCACGAACAUAUGAAGGAAAUAGCGAAAUCAUACCAAUAGGAGAUCUCGCCAUGGAUGACUUGACCAUCAUUCUAAGAGUCGAUGAAGGCGGAGCGAGUAUGCCCAAUCAGUCAAUUAGGCCCUCGAGAUCCACAUCUUCGAUGAUUGACCAUUUCAAUCAACAACUCAACGAAACAGAAACACCAAGUUCUUAA